UCCUUGCUGAGAAAAUUAUCCCGUUUUUCUUUUCUUUCUUUUCUCAGAAUGAUGUUUGAAAGAAGCUCUCCUGCGAGGUGCUUUGUGACGCCACCGCAGCCACAGCCGUCGUGGACGACAAGGCAUUCUUCUUCUUCGCGUUCUCCGAACAUGGCACUGUCAGAGUCAGAGAGUAAAACAUCACCAUCACCAUCAGUAGGAGCAUCUUCUUAUCCUCAGAACAAAGAUGAUCUUUUUCACGUGAUUCACAAGGUCCCUGCUGGGGACUCACCUUACGUGAAGGCUAAGCAAGUUCAGUUGGUGGAUAAGGAUCCAGCUAGAUCAAUUUCCAUGUUUUGGGCAGCAAUCAAUGCUGGAGAUCGUGUCGAAAGUGCCUUGAAGGACAUGGCCUUAGUUAUGAAGCAGCUGAAUAGGUCUGAUGAGGCAAUUGAAGCUAUUAAAUCGUUUCGUCAUCUCUGCCUUCCUGAAUCCCAAGAAUCUCUUGAUAACAUCCUGGUUGAACUCUACAAGAGGUCAGGGAGAGUUGAUGAAGAGAUUGCCAUGCUCCAUCACAAGUUGAAGCAAAUUGAAGAUGGUAUCACUUUUGUGGGAAGGUCAACAAAACAGGCAAGAUCUCAGGGGAGGAAGAUCCAAAUAACUGCAGAGCAAGAGAUAUCAAGGAUACUAGGGAACUUGGCCUGGGCUUACUUGCAGAGAGGUGACUAUAAGAUCGCCGAAGAACAUUAUCGAAAAGCACUGUCUUUUGAGGUUGACAGGAACAAGCAAUGCAACUUGGCAAUCUGUUUGAUGCAGAUGAACAAGAUUACAGAAGCAAAAUUUCUGCUUCAGGCAGUGACAACUGCCACAAAAAACAGAAAGAUGGAUGAUUCUUUCGUCAAAUCAUACGAACGUGCCACACAAAUGCUGAGUGAGAUGGAGUCUUUGUCGUCAUCAGCAAGGAAUGUAUCACCUGAGGUGGAGGCAUCUAAUGCCAGGAGGAGGUUGUAUAAGUCUCCACCAGAUCCUGCAAAAAGAGACCAAAAGGUUCCUUUCAAUAAGCCGAAAAGAUGUUCGUGGGGAUUCAGUAAUAAUGGAUAUCAAAGGGAGACUUGGGGAGAUGUCCAUUCAGAUCAUAGAUCUUCAUUUGGUAGUCCAAAUGAUUUGUCUGCACCUCCCAAUGGAAUGUGGAGAGCAGGGACAUUGGAUAAUCCUCCUGCAGAUGGCAGUAACCAGAGAUCUAAACCAUCAGAAUCGCUUCUUGUGGGUUUGGAUGGCAAUUUGGCAUAUGUCUCAGGCAAAAGUCAGGAUUCUGAAAUCUCUUCUGUUGCUGAGAAAUCUUUUACAAAUGUAAAGACCAUUGAGAAGAAGAGCUGGGCCGACAUAGCCGAAGAAGAAGAAAAUGAAGAGCAAGAUGAUUUAUUCAGUGGAGCAUAUGCAAAUUAUGGUGGUAAGGAUAGUGGAGAGGUGUUCAAUGAUGAGAAUGCUAACUCAAACAUUCUCUGUGAACAACAACCACCUGGGAAUGGCAUGUUGUCAAGGAAUCCAACCGUGAGGCGGUCUUUGUGUUUCAAUCCUGAACAAAGACCAGAAUCAGCAAGCAAGACUUCAGCUUCGGCUUCAAACUCGGAAAGCCGCAGAAUGCCUGCAAUUCAAAGUGAUUCUUCAUUUACAAGGAGAAACAGAUUGCAGGUUUUUCAGGACAUCACUCUUCAGCCAGAAACCCCAUGA